GAGCGGCGCGCGCUCUUCAUCGUCGCGGACGGCCACGGCGAGUACGGCCACACGGUCAGCGACUACGUCGUCAAGUUUUUAGUCAAGAACCUGGCGAACAAGAAGCUGGACAACUUCGACCCGGGCUCCAUCGCCUACCAGGAGAUCAAGGACGCGUUCAUCGAGACGAACCAGGUUUUGUUCGACGUGCCCGGGCUCGACAGUUCGACGUCCGGCACGACGCUCGUCGCGGCGAUCAUGAAGCCGACGUUUAUUAUAACGGCGAACGUCGGCGACUCGCGCUGCGUCCUCGGCCAGACGGUAGGCCCGGCGCCGCCCGCGUCCAAGGUCCCGACGCUCUACCGGGCCAAGGAUUUGACGGUCGACCACAAGCCCGACGCGGCGGAGGAGAAGGCGAGGAUAGAGAAGGCCGGCGGCUUCGUCACGCAGCCCGAGUGGUCCGCGUCGGCCCGGGUCUGGCUCGACAAGAGCUGCACCUGGCCGGGUUUAGCCAUGGCGCGGUCCAUCGGCGACCAGUGCGUCAAGGAGGUCGGCGUGACCGCGGACCCGGACGUCGUCCGCUACGACUUCGAGGACGGCGACGCCUUCGUCGUGUUGGCGUCCGACGGCAUCUGGGAGUUCCUGUCCAGCGACGACGUCGUCCAGAUCGUCUCCAUCCACCUCCACGGCAAGCACCGCGGCAAGCCGAACCUCGGCGAGAUCUGCUCCAUGGAGGUCAUCAAGUGCGCGAUCAAGCAGUGGAAGAUCCACGAGGACGGCUACCGCGACGACAUCACCUGCACGGUCAUCAUCCUC